AAGCAACAUCAGUACAUCAUCCUCUCUCUCUGACUUCAACUUCAGUCAAAAACCCCUUUGUACUACAUACAAAAAAAUUAUCCCGAAAACCUCAAAUUCCCCAAACCCACAUGUAGUUGGCCCACCGCUCACCUGCCCACCUCCUCCAGUUACCGGACCUCCCUUCUCUCAACAGGCACCAAUACGAAUCAGUGGGUCUAGCUAGCGCUAAUAAUUCCUUGAGUCCUUGCAUUUGCGUGCUAGCGUAGACGGCUCUUGUCGGCACUCGGUAGCGACUGUAGAAUUCCACGGCGGCACAACUCACCGGAACCAGCUCUCAAGACACCAAGCCGACCAGUCUGAGUAAAGUCAGUUAGUUUUCCUUCGACGCCGACGCCGACGCCGACGCCGACUAACAGCAUCCCAACUGCCGGCUUUUCUCUCGCUACAGUAAUUGAUGUGGGAUCCUCAAUUUUAAUCACCAGGGAGUAGGUGAGUUAUACAGAUUUUACUUUACUUUCAAAGUGGGCGAAUCAGUCUGUUCCCUUUUUCGGUAUUUUGAAGGCAGAUGGGUACUUUUCAAGAUUUCGAGAGUGAUGGAGCUUCAAGAAUUUGCAUUGAUUAUUUGAAUGAUGGGUCUUGUGACACUCAUGAAACCAAAAAUUUAGGUGAUGAUCUCAUUGAUGAUUUGGAUUCUUAUAUGGAGGAUAUAAAUGACCGUUUAACCAUAUCAAGAAUGGUAAAUGACUCUAUUAUCAGAGGCAUGGUGAAUGCUGUAUCACAAGAGGCUGCUGAGGUAGUUGGUGCUAAAGAACUUGAAGUAGCUAUGUUGAAGGAAGAAUUGUGCUGUAUAAAUUUUGGCAACAGUGAAAUUGAUGCACCCAUUAGCUUGAGAAAACAUGAUGAAACAGAAUUGCAGGAGCAUGGUCGAGAGUCUCAUGGAUUUUUUAAUCUGUCUGUCAAAGAACAACUUGAAAGGCUUGGAAAAUGUAUUGCAAAUACAAAAGGACCUAUAUUUAAGGUUUCGUCACCUGACAUAACAGGGUUAGGUGGAAAUGGUGAAGAGAGAUUAAUCGUGAAGAAUGAUUUGGAUGAAGCAUUUUAUUGCCUCAAAGCUACGCUAAAAGUUAUGUGUCAACAAGUGAACAAAAUUGCUUAUUCACCAGAAUCUUUUUCUGGAGAGUGGAAGGUGGAGUUGGAUAUCCGCAAAGAAGUGGAAGCAAUGGUGUUCAGCACUGUUGUUCAAGGUUUACAAUGCGAAUAUGAAAAUCAGCUUUGGGAUUUUAGGAACUUGUUAGCAUUGAAUGAUAGGUUCAAUGAAAUUUCAAGUCUACGUCAUGAAUUAGACUCCAUCAGAAAGUGUUUUGUUGGUCCUGAAAUUGGGAAUCUUAGUUCACAAGGGUCUAUUAAAAUGGAUUUUCAUCGUAAGGUUUUAAUCAAUCAUGGUUUACCUUCUGCUCAGCCUUUGGAUGAAAAUGGUAGAUGUGAAGUGUCUAAAGUUAGUCGUCUGCCAGAGAAUUUUGAGACUUCUGCGUUGAAACACAUGUCAGCACCAGAACUCUAUCAGUACUGUAGGACUGUGAUAACUGGGUUGAAACGGGAACAUGAGUCAACAGUGCAGAAAAUGACGGAGGUAAAUUUCGAAUUAAGGCGUGAACUUCUGAAAGAGAAGGAACUCGUGAAGGAAAAAGGACCGUUUGCAGCAUUUAAAAAGGACAAGGAUUUUGAAAAAUUAAAGAAAAAGAUUCCGGAGGUUAUUGCAAAGUUGGAUAACAUUGUUAAGGAGAAUGAAAAAUUGUCCGAGUUUUGUAAUCAUUCCAGGGACACACUGGGUAAUCUGCUUACUGAAAAUUGUCGUCUCAAGGACUUGCUGCGCGGACAGAAAUUUGAACAAUCUUGGGCUGAGGAGAACUUCCAUAAUCUGGUAGGAGAUCUUAAGUGUGCUGUAUGUGAUGAACAUAUAAAAGCGUCUAUUAGUGAAGAGAUCUACAAAUGCAUAAUAAGGGAGAUGGGUGAACUGAUUAACUGUAGCUCUGGAGAUCUAGAUAUGAAGUCUAGGAUCAAGCAAGAUAUUUGUGGAACUAUUCAUGAAGGAGAUUUUCAUGCGAUUGAUGUUGCCAGUAAAUCAGAUUAUGAAGAUUUUUCAUUUUUGCAGUCUUCUAUCAUACAAAAUAUUUAUGGAAUUAUAUACCAAGAAGCGUUAGGAGAUAUGUCAACGGAACUCACUGGGUUAGAGGACAAAUGUUUGAAGGACAAUGAAAGCUUGGGUUUUCUUCAAAGGAAGUUCUCGGAAAUGGAGAACGAAUUGUCAAUGAAGGUUGAAGAAAAUAAAGAAUUGAACCAUCAGGUUCUGGUGUUAGAAGAUUUAAUUAAUGAAAAAAAUAGAUCAUUGCUUGAAGUUACAGCUCUCCUUGAGAAAGAUAAGGCGCAGCUUACUGAGGAGACAAAUAAAUUAUUGUGCUUGAAAACACGUCAGGAUGCUCUAUUAUCUGACAAGAUUGAAGAAUUAGUGUUGCUGAAGGACAAGAUGGAAGACUAUCUGAAACAAAUUGACUUUUAUAAACUUGAAGUGGACAAAUUGAAUAUGACACUUGAAUUUUCUGAAGAUAAGUUGAAGAAGUCCAAUGAAGAGAAGACAAAGUUUAUUUCAGCUUUAGAACUGCAGAAAAAUGACUUGAAAUCGAUGAAGGAGAAAGACAAUGAACACAUUAAGCAUAUGAAAUCUAUAUGCCAUGUCAUUCAGGGUUUAUCCAAGUCAUUUGGCGACUUUGAACACAGAAUAAAAGAAAGUAUUGGCUGGAACAAUGUGAGGCUGGAGAAUUCUUCUUUUCAGUUACAUACUCUGAUUCCCAAGGUUAACGUGCUUCGAAGGACGGGUUUCUUAUACAAAGAAAGGCUGGAUAAGAAGUGUUCUGACCUUCAGAAAGCUGAAGCCGAGGUGGAUCUUUUAGGGGAUGAGGUGGAUACUCUCUCGAGCCUUCUUGAGAAGAUUUACGUUGCCCUUGAUCAUUAUUCUCCAAUAUUGCAACAUUAUCCCGGAAUCAUUGAGAUUUUAAAGCUAGUUAAAAGAGAACUAAGUGAAGAAGCAGUAAAGACUAUUUAAUUGCGCCUUGCUUAGAUGUCUUCAGCUGUGUUCAUUGCCCGGUGCUUGAUCGGUUGUUACUUUGUACUUUAUCCACUUUUCCAAGCGUGUAUUUAGCUGUCAGCAUAUGCAAUACUCAACUUGUUCAACUUCUCAAAAGUUGGCACCCCAUCUGUUCCUCUGUCCUCUUAUACCCGUUCCUCAGUCAUGGAUAGUUCUUCAUUUGCUCACUCCUUACGCCUAUGUCUUGGUCAUCAUCUGCUCAAUCCUUGCUCAAUCCGAUGCCACACGCUGUGGUGUGCCUUGGUUGGCAUGGCGCUGGGUGUCAUUGGCCAACUGUGUGUGGGGUGACGUUGCCCGAACGGAAAUUAAUGUCCUUCCUCUGAUUUCACGAGUUUAGUUGCAGACUUUAGUGUUGGAAUUGGCAUGUAGAUGAAAGAUUGUUAUUCCCCCAACUUGGUCUCCUACUGACGUGCCUCGUCACAGAAAACAGUUUGGUAGUUUACGGCAUCAUCCGAUGGAGAACAAAGGUUAUUUUGGUCAUUUGCCCUAUACUUCCUUACUUGUGACAGGAUGGAUACUCACGUCUGCCUGUGCCGGGUUGUGGCAAUUGCUUAUACUUCCUUUCAAUUUCAUCUGCCUUUUUAUUUUUGCACCUUCAGCAAGAGAGUUUUGUAUGCCACCACUUUGGCUACUCGUGGUUGGUUAACUACUCUAUUAUAUCUUAAUUUGGGGAUGGCACUUUGCUUUG